GCGACCGGGGCUUGUGGUGAAACCUGAGCGAGAGGAGCUGAGCAGAGCAGCAUCCGCAGCUUGUUGGAGGUGGGUGUGACAGGCAGGCAGCAUCUCUAGCCCAGAAACCCGACAGGAGAGCUUUCCCUCGCUGCUGUAGGUUACCUGUCCUGCACUUGCGUCGAAGAUGGCAUCAGCUGAAGAUAUCCAGGUCAAGGAGCUUGACAAGCGGGCGUCUGGCCAGGCCUUUGAGGUCAUCCUGGGUGCUCCAGCCCCAGAUGCGAAAGGAGAGUUCCCCUUGUCUCCUCCCAAAAAGAAGGACGUCUCUCUUGAGGAAAUUCAGAGAAAGCUGGAUGCUGCAGAAGAGAGGCGCAAGAAUCAUGAAGCUGAGGUUCUGAAGCACUUAGCUGAGAAGCGGGAGCAUGAAAAGGAAGUGCUGCAGAAAGCUAUGGAGGAGAACAACAACUUCAGCAAGAUGGCAGAGGAGAAGCUCAAUCAGAAGAUGGAGGCCAACAAAGAGAACCGCACAGCCAUUAUGGCAGCCAUGAAUGAAAAGUUCAAGGAGAAGGACAAGAAGUUGGAAGAGGUGAGGAAGAAUAAGGAAAAGGAGCCCGGCUCAGAAGGCGGCUCGGAGGACUGAGGGGCAGCCACCCGGGGAUUGUAUAGGGUUUUUUACGUAUCCAAAGAUUAAUUUAUUUUUUGUUCAGCCAGUAUUGUUUUUUCACGACUCACCUCUUUUGGAAAUACAACUUCUACUUUGUGAAUUUUUUCAACUCUCCUGCUAUAUCAGUGUAGUUGCGCUCGUUCUACAUGUGGAUAAUUCCUGAGUCUGCUGUAAUCAUCAUGUAGCUUGUCGGUGCAGCUUGAGCCCCCUUCCUUUGAUAUUAGCGGUGUGUGUUUUUUAUUCUCUCGGGAAGCAUGUUUCUAUGCAUUGGUCUUUUACUACCACCCGUUUCAUAGUGGGUUUGAAAACGUCUGUGAACCACACCUGUUCUUGGCACUUACUGUAUAUUUAAAAAGUAGCACAAGUUUCCAUCGAGGUGUUGGCUGUUGGACAUGCAGCUUUGCUCCCGGAUUCAGCUGACUUUUACCUGCAGGUCAUGGGGGAUUUUGCGCCACUGCUGAUUCUUGGCUUUUGUAAAAAACAAAAUAUUCCAAAAAAAUAUGGGGUUGACUUAAAGCACACGACUUCCUGCUGUCUAGCUGUGAAUUAACAUGCCCGUCAUGCAACUGGAGGUCAUUUUCAACAUCACUGAGCAGAUGUCUACACAUGGAAUGCAUAAGAGCAAUACACUUCUGGCAUUUCAAUAGAAAAGUGGCUAGCUAACUUAAACUGUUGUACUAAAACAAAUAAAGUGUAAAAUUGG